UGGUGCAGCCUCGCGCUCUUGUCUUCCUGUUUGGGUGCCGCAGCUGGAAAAAUGGCAUCUGACACAGGGAGAUACAGGAGUGCAGUUAGCAAAAACAAAGACCCUUCUGGUCUUCUUAUCUCUGUCAUUAGGACUCUGUCCAGCAGUGAUGAUGUUGAAGACAGGGAGACAGAGAAGGGUCGUCUGGAGGAGGCUUUUGAGACGUGUGACAGGGAUCUGGAUCAGCUGAUUGUUCAGCAUUAUGCAGAACUUACCACCGCCAUCAGGACCUACCAGAGCAUCACUGAGCGCAUCACCAGCUCACGCAACAAGAUCAAACAGGUGAAGGAGAACCUCUUGUCCUGUAAGAUGCUGCUGCACUGCAAAAGGGACGAGCUGAGGAAGCUGUGGAUCGAGGGCAUCGAGCACAAGCACGUCCUCCAGCUGCUGGAUGAAAUCGAAAGCAUCAAGCAGGUGCCUCAGCGGCUAGAGGCCUACAUGGCAAGCAAGCACUACCUCCAUGCCACAGACAUGCUGGUGUCAGCCGUGGAAUCCUUGGAGGGACCCCUGCUGCAGGUGGAGGGACUUGGAGAUCUGCGCCUGGAGCUCCAUAGCAAGAAGCUCAACAUCCACCUUGUACUCAUCGACGAACUACAUAGACAUCUCUACAUCAAGUCCACAAGUCGUCUGGGACUUAAAAACAAAGACAAAAAUGCUGCUCGUCUUCCAGGCUCCACAGGCAAAGACGCAUCUCCAAUGCCUGUGUUGGAUGUGAGCAGCCUUUCUACUCCACGCAAGCUUUUGGAGUCAUCCCAGUUCAGCACACCUGGAUCCAGCAGUGUGCGUGAGCUGCAACAGGAUGGAAGAGAAUUCAACCAAUCAGACAUCCCUGAGGUGGAUCCAGAGGAAAACAGUGCUGAGUUCAUGGGCAUCCUCAUCAAGGGUCUGGCCAAGUUGAAGAAAAUCCCUGAGACCAUCAAAGCCAUCAUGGAGCGGCUGGAGCCUGAGCUGAAACAGAUCGUAAAGAGGUCCACCACUCAGAUCGCAGACCACGCUUACCAGAGAGGAGAGAACCUGGCCAUGGAGAGCAAACCAAGGCUGCUGCUGGAGCUGCUGGAGCUUCUGUUUGACAAGUUCAAGGCAGUGGCCCAGGCUCACAGCGUGGUGCUGGCUCACCUGCAGCAGAUCGCCGUGCAGUGCCCGGGCGGGGCUCACGAGGAGGGCAUCAAGCUGUACGAGCAGGCGGACGUCUCUGCCAAGAUCCAGGCGGUGCUGCAGGUUUUGCUCAUGGAGUAUCUGGAUGUCAAGAAUAGCCGCAGUUCCACCGAGCCGUCCGCUCAGCUCUCCUACGCCAGCACUGGCAGUGAGUUUGCUGCCUUUUUCGCGAAGAAGAAACCACAGCGUGCCAAGCAGUCACUUUUCAAAUUUGAAUCAUCUUCCCAUGCUAUUAGCAUGAGUGCAUACCUGAGGGAGCAGAGGCGAGAACUCUACAGCAAGAGUGGAGAACUACAAGGUGGUGCUGAUGACAACCUGAUUGAAGGCGGGGAAAUGAAGUUUGUGUGCAAACCAGGAGCGAGGAACAUCACGGUCAUCUUUCAGCCUCUUUUAAGGUUCAUUCAGGAGAUAGAGAUGAACAUGGGGCCAGGCCAGGCCAAGCAGUGCCAGCUCAGAGCCUUCCUCACAUACUACAUCAAUGAACUCUUCCUCAACCAGGUGCGAACAGAGAUCAACAAGGAAAUUGAGUCGGUGAGCAAGGCAGCAGACCCGUUGAAGAUCCUUGCCAACGCUGAUACCAUGAAGAUCCUCGGAGUCCAGAGACCCCUGCUGCAGAGCACGGUGGUAGUGGAAAAGUCUAUACAGGAUCUGAUGAGCCUGAUGCAGGACCUGAGUGCCUACUCCAACCAGUUCCUUGAGAUGGUGUGUGAUAAGCUGAAAGAGUACAAGGAAAUCUGCAACACUGCCUACAGGGGUAUAGUCCAGUGUGAGGAGAAGCUCACCAUCAGCGCUUCCUGGUCCAAAGAUGAAGACAUCAGCCGUCUCCUCCAAUCCCUCCCCAACUGGGCCAACAUGGCCCAACCCAGACAGACCCGACAGAAGAGGGAGGAUGAGGAGGACUUUACUCGGGCUGCUUUUGCUAAAGAGUCCGAAGUGCUGACUGGGAACCUAGGAGACAAGUUAAUCCCCCAGAAUGAGAUCCUGCGUGACGUCAGCGACCUGAAGGCUCUGGCGAACCUUCACGAGAGCAUGGAGUGGCUGGCAGGGCGCCUCAAGACGUUCUUCGCCAGCCUGCCUCAAGCCUCCAAUGUGUCUGCGUGCUCAGCAGACAGCCAGGUGGUUGGUGAGAGUGAACGCAGCAGAGAGCAGAUUCUCCAGACCCUUAACGACCUGUCCAGGGGUUUCCAGGACAUCGCUGACCGAUGCCUCCUUGCUUUACACUUGGAAGUCAGGGUUCACUGUUUCCAUUACCUGAUCCCACUGGCAAAGCAAGGCAAUUACGCCAUCGUGGCCAAUGUGGAGAGCAUGGACUACGACCCCCUGGUGGUCAAACUGAACAAGGACAUCUCAACCAUAGAGGAGGCGAUGGGGGCGGCCCUGCAGCAGCACAAGUUCCAGUACAUCUUUGAAGGUCUGGGUCAUCUCAUCUCCUGUAUCCUCAUCAAUGGCGCGCAGUACUUCAAGAGAAUCAGCGAGUCUGGCAUCAAGAAGAUGUGCAGGAAUAUCUUUGUCCUCCAGCAGAACCUCACCAACAUCACCAUGUCGAGGGAGGCUGACCUCGACUUUGCAAGGCAGUACUAUGAGAUGCUGUACAACACUGCAGACGAGCUGCUGAAUCUGGUGGUGGACCAGGGCGUUCGCUACACCGAGCUGGAGUACAUCAACGCUUUGUCCCUGCUCCAUCGCAGCCAGACAGGCGUGGGCGACUUGAGCACUCAAAACAUCCGGCUGCAGAGGCUGAAGGAGAUCAUCUGCGAGCAGGCGGCCAUCAAACAGGCCACCAAGGACAAGAAGAUCACUACAGUGUAAAAAAAAAAAAAAAAAAGCAGGGAAACCAGAUACAAG